AUGUUCGGGUAUCAAGUAGUCAGGUUGGACGAAAAAACAUUGUUACGCACACUUGGCAAUUCAAAUUUCAUUGUGCUGUAUGGGGCCGUUGUUUAUGAUUUGGGGUGGAAGCCAAAGGUAUCUGUGAUGUCAGAUCGAUUCAAGAUUGAUCCUUGUGAGGUUAAAUCAAGAAUAAAAGAGACGUUGGAAGGAGACGAUUUUACUUCUUAUGAUGAGGUUCACAAAACAUUUGACGCUAUGGGUCUGCAGGAGAACCUUGUCAAAGGAAUCAUGAAUCCCUUUGCAAUCCAGCAAAGAGGUGUUGUUCCCUUCUGCAGGGGCCUUGAUGUGAUCCAACUAGCUCAAUCUGGAACAGGGAAGACUGCUGCUUUUUGUUUAGGAAUUUUGCAGCGGCUUGAUUAUGCCUUGAUUCAAUGCCAAGCUUGCAGAAUGGAUUGA